CUGUUUGCAAUAACCUGCUGUGUGUUUGUGCCUGUGCGUGUGGUUGAGGUUGGGUAGGAAGUGUUGAAGGAGUGUUGAAGCAAGUAGACAUUUGGUACUCCAGGUCAUUUCCUUGAAUAACUCGUCUGACAAAGCAGCAGGUUUCUGAAUCAAGCUAAGAAACUACAAAAAGGAGAAUGAAGAAGACGUUUGUUUGUGACUCAUCUAUGAUCAUCACCAUUCCAAUCAAAAGUCUCAGGGAUGUUCAGGAUGGUCACCUGAUGCCAGAUAAUUUCCACUGCGUGUUCAAGGAUUCUUACAAGGUCUUUGUCUUGAGGGGGAAGCCGAAGGCUUUUGGGGGAGCCCAGGCCACUGUUGGUAUGCUUCUUUUCACUCUUGGUGUGGUCUCCACAUUCAUCCCUCCAUCACGUUCAUUCCCCAUGAUCUACACUUCACCGAGUGUUCUGUUUGUGAUCUGCGGCAUGCUGUCCUUUGGAGCGGGGAGACGUCCAAACAUGCAUGUGACAAAAGUGGCAUUCUUUCUGAACAUCAGCAGCUUCGUCUGGUCAAUUGUGGCAAUUUCUCUCUGUGUGAAUUAUAGUAGCUUUCAUGAGCAAUACCAUCCCAAGCUGUUUCAUGGCAUCCAAGGAUUGAUAUUGUCUUUACUGGUUGGUGAAAGUUUGAUUACCUUAUUCAUGAUCUACUGGUUCUGCAAAGCUGUAUGCAAAGAGAAUUUCAACACUUUGCCAAUAGUACUGCUGAAACAGGCAGACUGAACCUUAAAGAUCAAAGCAAACCAAGAAUCGGCCCACUUGUAUAUUGUGUUUCAGCCUGUAAAGUCCUGCCAGUUUCAUGUUGUUCUUCUGCAGCAAAUCAUCUGAAAGUCAAGUUAGUUGUUUCUGUGUCUGAAGUUGUUGGAAAACAGAGCUGAUUUAAUUACAAUGUAUCGCAAAUGAGAGAUAAUAGUCAAAAUACUAGAUGUUUGUUAUUCAUUUUUAAAUGAUAUCCAACAAAUAGGCUGCUCAUAUCCAGAACAGAUAAGAAAAAGUUUUGGUCAGCUAGAGCUGAUGUCUGCAUGCCGGAUUUGAAACGGCUUCGUUCUUUCUCAAAGCGCUGUUGUAUGAUGUUUGAAAGCCUUCUGAAUUUCCUCUGACAGGAUGUAUAUAUUCAGUUACAGGGUCAGUGUUGCCAAACUCUAAACCUGUAUAUUUCACUGGCUUUUAUUUCAAUUGUUACUGUUUAGAUUCAUGAAUACAUGUACAGUUUUCAAAGCCAGGACAGCAAACAAAUUAGCAAAUCUAUUAAAUCAAGCUGAAAAACUUCAGUACCUGUCUUUUUAUUGAAAUCUUCUACAAGUUCAUACAUUACUUCAACAUAACUUUUUUUUCACCAAUUUGAUGUUAUUGUGCUUGUGAAUCACCUUAUAGCUUUUUUAACAUAUUAACAAAAAAUAAAUCUAUUUGUAUUAAGUUUGGCCAAUUUAUUGAACUAACAACGAUCCUCUUUACAAAAUUCAGACUUAAAUUAUCUGUUUGGGUGUCAUUUGCACAUGGAAGCUGGAAAUGAGCACAUUCUCCCACACAAAUAUUUUUCAGUUUGAGUAUUAAAUAUGAAUAUUAUGUUCUUUUAUUUAUUUAUUUUUAGUUACAAUAUUUAAUAUUUAGUUCUAAUAUUUAACUAAAUUAUUAAAGAGAAUUUAUACGUGUAUGAUGUAUCACAACUAUUCUUAAAAAGAAAAUAAGAAUUUUUAAUCAAUACACAACAAAUAGGAAUAAAAGGAUCCUGUUGUAAGACCAACAGCAAGGCCCAUACUCUUUAACUUAUCUUUGAUAACAGAAUAAAUAGUGCUACAUUUCCCAAAAACUAUUCAAUUUGAGAUAAAAUUUUACAAAUGCUUGAUAGUAAUCGAUGGAGAAUAAUGAGGUCCAUCAAAGACAGUUUUUUGAACAGUCAUGCAUCGAAGAAUAGACAUUUUAAAAAGGAAGUACUAAGUAAACACUUCUCUUUUUCACUCAACUACUGUAGAAAUAGGACCAGCUUUAGAAAAGCUUCUUGAGCAAAACUGUACCGACAUUAGUUGAAAGUCUUGUACUUGAUAGGUGGCUCUUUUAAGCCAGUGUUGUGUGCCCAUGAGUGGCCACGAGAGGGCAGAAAAACACAUAAGGCGUCAAUUUUCACGAAGAUAAGUGUAAUAUGCAAGCUACACUCAUUUGAAAAAAUAAACCCCCUUAUUGUGGUCAAAUUCUUAAAAUACAUAUUAAUAAUUUGCUCUAUAUGCCUUGUAUUUUAUGUCCUAAUAAAGAAUGUAGUUGUUUUGGUUGUCCUCUUUUUUUAACUCUACGUUGGUCAUUUUCUUUGCCAUUUAAAGAUUUUUUUUCAGUUCAACAAUGAUAGGCCCUAUGCACCAUUUUAAUACAAGACAGGCUGAUAAUUUAAAUCUCCCGAAGUUCCGCACUGGUUUGUGUCAGUUCUCCAUCAGAUACAGGGGUGACCUGUUAUGGAACACCUACAGCGAUCUCGUCUACCUCUACUUCAUUCAAUCAUUUUAAACAUAAACUCAGGACACAUUUAAUUGAUCAGACCUUUACCUAAUGAUAUUUCUAGAUUUUUUUUCUUUAAUCGUGUAGAUACCAUGUAUUCUAUUCGUGUUGCUGUUUUUUUGCUUUGUCUUUAUUUUUAGACUGCAAUCAUGUAUUCUGCAUAUUUUAAAUUUUUGUACAAUCUUUUGCUGUAUUUUACAUAGGUAGAGGCCUAGUAUAAGCCCCUUGGGCUUUUUGCCUCAGCCUAGCACUUUACCAAUCUCUUUUUUUUACAUUUGUAUGUAACUUAUA